CGUUCUCCUAUUUUAAAGAUAUGUUUUCAUCAAAAAGAUGAUAAUGAUAAUGCUGUAAUUGAUCUUUAACAAAGUUGUUAAAUUACGUACCAGAGAAAGUUGAACACCACUGCAGUAGUCAUUCUGUCAUGGUGGUAGAGUUCUUUUGUGUUCCGUUAAAAAUGAAGUUUUUCUGCAUUUUAGAGAUUAUAAAGACAUUCUAAAUAAUAAAUUCUGUAAAUAUCGUACUCAAUAAUAAUCUACAACCAUGAGUGAUAAAAGGCAACAGAAUUUAUCGAAAGAAGAAAUAGCAAAACAAUUUAUGUUGCCAGAGAGAAAAAGCAAAAUUGCUACUUUAUUGAAACAGGAUGGACAAGCAUAUUGUAUCUGCAGAAGUUCUGAUAGCUCGCGUUUUAUGAUAGGAUGCGAUGCAUGUGAAGAAUGGUAUCAUGGUGACUGCAUAAAUAUAACAGAGAAAGAUGCCAAACAUAUAAAACAGUUCUUUUGUAUUCGUUGCAGAGAAGAGGAUCCGACUCUAAUAACACGUUACAAACCUCGGAGAACAGAUCAAGAAGAUCGUAAAUACAAGAAGCAUAAAGAGAAAGAAAGAGCACAUCGAUAUGAGUAUGAUGCACCUUGGGAUCCUACAGCAGUAAAGAAAUCGUCUAAACGUUGUGGAGAAUGUACAGGUUGCGUGAGAACAGAAAAUUGUGGAAAGUGUGAUGCAUGCAGACAUUUAAAAAAAUUUGGGCCAUCAGUUAGAUUGAAACUUAGAUGUAUACAGAGAACUUGCAGAGUGUUAGGUGAUCCAUUGAAACCAUCAAAGAGCUUCAACAAAAGCUCAAAAUUUAUUAAGAAACGGAAAAGAGACUCCAGUAAUGAAAGGAAUGAACAUUUGGAAGUACCACGACACUGUUAUGGACCCGCUUGUACGAAACAAUCUCGACCAGGUAGUAAAUAUUGCUCGGACGAGUGUGGCUUGAAAUUAGCAACUAACAGAAUUUACCAAGUGCUACCUCAACGGAUUCAAGAAUGGUCAUUGACGCCAUGUAUAGCAGAGCAGAAUAAUAGAAGACAAUUAGAAACAGUUAGGAAACAGCAGCAAGACGUUCGAAGAAUACUUCAGGAGCUGGAUAAGAGGCACGCAGAGUUGGACAGAAUUAUCGAACGCGCCAAGCACGCGACGAUUGAUCCUCAGACAGAAGUGGAUGACAACGACGACACAGAAAUGAGCAUGUAUUGCAUUACUUGCGGCCAUGAGAUUCAUUCGAGGACUGCUAUUAAGCAUAUGGAAAAGUGUUUCAAUAAGUACGAAUCUCAAGCAUCCUUCGGUUCAAUCUUCAAAACUCGUAUUGAAGGACAAGUAAUGUUUUGUGACUUUUACAAUCCUGUGAAUCGAACUUAUUGCAAAAGGUUAAGGGUUCUUUGCCCCGAACACUGCAAAGAUCCAAAAAUCAGUGAAACCGAAGUGUGUGGUUGUCCGUUGGUUACAAACGUGUUUGACACAACUGGUGAAUUUUGUCGAGCGCCAAAGAAGAGCUGCGUGAAGCAUUACGUUUGGGAAAAGUUGAGACGAGCAGAAAUUGACAUGGAGAGGGUGAGACAAUGGUUGAAAAUAGAUGAACUCGUCGAACAAGAGAGGCAAAUUAGAGCGAAUAUGGCUACUCGGGCUGGUGUCUUGGCUUUAAUGCUUCAUUCUACAUAUAAUCAUGAAUUAAUGGAACAAAUGACGCAAGAACAAAACAGAGAACAACUAGAAGCUAUGGAAGAGGAAUUGCAGCGAAGGUACGGCUUGCUCCAAAAGGAGCACACUGCAGAAUAAUGAUUGUUCUUGCUAUAAAUGGUGUCUUGUAGCUGAUGGUAUGUUGAAUUUUAUAACAUAUCUCCAUGAUGUGUUCAAUAUCGUAUUUAUAAUAAUAUACUGUACAGAGUAAUAUUAUUAAUAGCGAAAAAUAGGAACGUAUAACAAAUAAGAUUCGUGGUUAGGAAUGAUCUAAAAUAAAUGAUAAAUUUGUAAAAUAGUUAUUGUUAAGAAUUAUGAAAAAAUCUUGGAUGAAUUGAAGAAAUAUGAUUACUCGAUUAUUGAUAUUUAAUUGAGAAUGAAAUUAUUCAUAACGAAAAGAAAAAGACUAUUAGAGCAAAAAUGUUAGAAAUAUAAAAGAUCGAGAUACUAGGUUCAAUGAAAUUUUUGCAAUAAUAAUAUUAUAGUUGACUCACUUAAUAAUAAAAUUAACGAUUUACAAGUUAGAGAAUCAAAGGGCGUAUAGUUACAAAAAAAGAAGCUGCAAAAAAAAUAGAAAAAUUGCCUCUGGCUCGACUUUGUAUAAUUGUGUAUUUCUCUUUAUUUAUAACGUUCAAUUAAACUUUUGUAAAUUCAAAUUUAUAAUAUAAUUUUUCAUUAUCUAUUUUAGUGUUCACAAUAUAUCAUUUCACAUUAUAUGAUUGCACAUGUGAAACAAAUCAAUAACUCGUUAUAUGAAACAUAAUUCCAACGUUUCUAAAAUUUACCACACUUUAACUUCAAUAAAUAUAUUACUUGCUUAAUUUUAACCAGUUAAGUUCCGACUCGUCGCUAGAAAGGAUACUCUCUCAAAAUACUUCUGAAUUACAACAAGUUUCCAAUCAUAACACAGGAUAUUACAUAUUCUGGCACAAUACAACUCUUCAGUUUUUAUUACUGCCUGUAUAUACAUAUAGAUAUAUAUGUAUAUAUAUUCUGAAUAUCAGCAACGGCAUACAUAUUCUGAACACACAUAUAUAUAUAUUUAUACAUAUAUAUAUGUAUAUAUAUUUAUACAUGUCACAUCUUUCCUUCGUAUCUUUUUAUGCUGCUUGGUAUGUUUUUGAGGCAAACUGUGAGAAGUAAAACACACGCUCUCUCGUUUUCUCUGGGCAUCUGUAUCGGCAAUAACCCAUUGACAAUGGAAUAAACUUCGAAUAUCCUCCAAAAACGCUUUGGAUGAAACUCGCUAUAAAUAACUAGCUUAAUAUAUUUAGUGUUUUGCCAAGUGAUGCGCUCAAUAUAGUUGCAAAAAACAAUCUGCGUAACUCCUAGGAUUCGUACUUGGGAACGAAGGCUUAUUUACCAAAAAAUUUAGUUCUUUUUAUAAUUUCAUUUACCACUUUCUUCUUCAUUUUUUUAUUUUCUUAUGUCAUUUAUCAGUAAAUUAGUAUUGUAACAGUGUCCAAUGUCUCCUCACUAUAUGUAUACGCAUUUAGUAUUCUUUUAAAUGAUCUAUGAGUUAACUUUAUCUUUUUUUCUCUUGUUUCCUUUCUUAUCCUUUUUUUGUUCUUUUUCUUUUUCUUUACACGUAAAGACAUGCACGCACUUUUUUUUUCAUGAACUUACUCGCAAACUGAAUGUGCAUUUUCUGACACACUGUAUUAUCCGCCACCGGCUUUCGUGAUCGGCGAAACGGCGAUCGAUAGCCUGGAAAUCCAGUAAAUUGAGAAAACGAUGGAAAUAUAAUCAAUGUAUACGUACGUAUUUUUGUUCUUUUCUGUUUUACUUUAUAAUCUUUCAGCUCUGAGCGCGCGUACGACAUAGCUAGAAUUUUCUUUUUACGUAUAAUUUAUAAACGACGAGACACAACUAAGCUGCCGAAAGAAAUCGUCUCUUCCGCUAGCUCAAUGGUAUUAUUAUUAUUACUUUUUUUGUAUACUUUUUAAUACUCUUUUUUUUUUCUCUUUUGUCUUUCUAAUUACUCUUGACGAUCGUCGAGACUUGGUCCCAACCGCAAUGGUGAGUUUUCUCGUGUCGCUCUGGAUCCAUUAAUAACUAGAUUGCGGAUGUUUAUGCAAAUUUAUAUCUUUCUAAAUAUGAAUAAAGAAAUGGAACUUAAAAUAGAGACUUGUUCCGUUUUCUAAAUAUCAUUACUAGACUGCGGAUUUCUAUACAUAAAAUUUUCUGAACAUAUGUAACUGGAGAAAUGGAACCUAAGUGAAAAUUUAUUUCAUCUACUAAAUACAAUAAAUACUCUACUUUGGAUAUUUUAUAGAUUUUUACAUAUUAUAUGUACUCUGUGCAUUUCUAAACCUUUAAAGUUGUUAUAAAUGCAUAAAAAUUCGCAAUCUAAUCAUAACUUUGAUGCCUUCACUUUGAAUAUAUUACAUGUUCUUACAUGCUAUAUACAUUGUGUGCAUUUUUCCAACCUUAAAUUUCUCAUAAAUGCAUAAAAAUCCGCAGUCUGCUAAUAACGAUCGAUCAUGGACUCGAAAUUCCAGCCGUUUCUCGGUCCUCACGACGGAAGCCGCAUUCUUUUCAAACAUUUUUCUGACGAAAUUAUGCGAAUCUGUAAUUUUUUUCGAAAAUGUUUAAAUACAUAUAUUUAAAUAUAUAUGUUUAACCCUCAACUGGUAUCGUUGCAGUAGAGUACAUUCUUAUUUGUCAAGUAUUUUAAUUUGUUUAAACAUUUAUGUCUGAGGCGAUAAAAAUAAUUAAUGAUACUUUUCUCGAAUAAAUUUGUAUUUUAAUAUUGAGUACCGUAAACUUGUAGUCACCUAUAUUACCCAAGGAUAACAGUUAAGAGCUAAAUUAAAUUAAAAAUAAAAAAUUAAGCGACCAAAUUUGCCGCGUGUGUGGCUUAUGUAAUAAAUUCGUUUGUCGUUUGGUAUUAAAUUUCGAAUCUCUUUCAUUAAAUAACUUAAAGUAUGUAAAAAUAUACAUAUUAGAAUUUUUUAACAAAGCAAAACAAAUUUUAAGUUAGAUAAUCUAUUUCCAAAGGAUAAUGGAACAAAAUUUACUUGAUAGAUCUAUACAUAUAUAUGUAUAAUUAACCUAACUUAUCUUCAGAAGAUAAUAGAGCAAAAUUUAAUUAAAAUCUAGUAGUUAAAAAUGAAUCUUACGUAAUUAAAAAUGAAAAAGUAACAAUUUUUAGCGAAAGAACAUAUUACACAACAUAAUAAAUUAAAAAUUAAUAAUUAUCGACAUUUAUGACAUAUAGAAUUUCGAUUUCUGCAUCUGAGAUUUCGGCAACUUCGAUUUUGUUCUUCGUUCGAAUCUGUACCAAAUUUGGAAAACGAUUAUAACCUAUAAAAGAAUCGAUUUUGUUUUCUGUAUUUCUUUAGUUAAUUACUUGUUUAUUUUUCAAAAGGAUAAUCAUGGAAAGCGAUUCGAAGGAUAGUCGACGUUUUAAAAAGAGUACAGCUAUGUCCGAUCGAUCGACAAUCGAUUUGUUUGCGAUCGAUAAUCGGACGCGAAAACGGCGGGAGAUGGAUGCAGAGAACAAUGAUUGUUUGCCUAAUGGCUGCAAAGAUAAUCACGAAGGCGCGACAGUGUCGACGAAAUUGAACAGUUUACAGAGGUUAUCCUUUCUUUUU